UUGGAAAAAUCAACAACUGUUAAUUUUAUUCUUGCGGAGAGUAAUUGUUUUUAACAAAAACGGAUAGAAUAUUGGAAAAAUAAUAGAAAAUAAUGAGUUCCACAUCUAAUGCGACUGCUGGUGACAUGUUGUACGGUACUACAUUAUCCGCGGAGUCCAUGAAAGUCAUCGCCGAAAGUAUUGGCGUGGGUUCUUUGCCUGAUGAUGCCGCCAAAGAAUUGGCCGAGGAUGUUUCGUAUAAAAUCAAACGAAUUGUCCAAGAUGCUGCAAAAUUUAUGCACCAUUCUAAAAGAGAUAAACUGAUACUUAGUGAUAUAGAUCAUGCCCUCAAAGUGAGAAACAUUGAGCCCCAAUAUGGCUUUACAGCCAACGAUUUUAUUCCCUUUCGUUUUGCUUCUGGCGGCGGCCGAGAAUUGCACUUCAUUGAGGAGAAGGAAAUGGAUCUAAGUGAAAUCGUACAAAGUAAUGUGCCCAAAGUACCUUUGGACAUUACACUGAGAACUCACUGGUUGGCGGUGGAUGGCAUACAACCAACCAUACCAGAAAAUCCACCUCCAUUAUCGAAAGAUUUGCAGGCAUUGGAUUCGGUUAAUCCGGUAGUUAAAUUGGAACAGGGUGUAACAAAGGACACUGCUGGAAAACCAGCUACAGGGAAAAUUCAUAAAUUGAAGAAUGUUGAAACGGUACAUGUCAAGCAAUUGGCCACGCACGAAUUGUCCGUUGAACAACAGCUGUACUACAAGGAAAUAACAGAGGCAUGUGUAGGUUCAGAUGAACCGCGUCGCGCAGAAGCUCUACAAUCAUUGGCAUCGGAUCCAGGUCUACAUGAGAUGUUGCCACGUAUGUGUACCUUCAUAGCGGAAGGUGUAAAAGUCAAUGUAGUUCAGAAUAAUUUGGCAUUACUCAUUUAUUUGAUGCGAAUGGUAAAGGCUUUAUUGGAUAAUCCUUCAUUAUAUCUGGAGAAAUAUCUUCAUGAACUUAUACCAUCGGUUACCACUUGUAUUGUGUCAAAACAGUUAUGUAUGCGCCCCGAAUUAGAUAAUCAUUGGGCAUUGCGUGAUUUUGCCUCUCGUCUUAUGUCACAAAUCUGUAAAACCUUUAAUACAUCCACCAAUAAUCUACAAACUCGUGUAACACGCAUCUUCAGUAAAGCUUUACAAAAUGAUAAAACUCACUUGUCUUCAUUGUACGGCUCUAUAGCGGGACUCUCAGAACUUGGUGCUGAGGUUAUAAAAGUUUUCAUCAUACCACGACUUAAGUUUGUAUCUGAACGUAUUGAAGGGCAUUUACUGGGUUCCUCACAAAGUAAUACCGAUAAGACAGCUGCUGGUCAUAUUCGUGCAAUGUUGCAAAAAGUAUGUCCACCCAUAUUAAAACAAAUACGAAAUCCGCCAGACUUUUCUGAUGAGUAUAAAAACGAUUUUGGUUUUCUGGGACCCUCUUUAUGUCAGGCCGUGGUAAAAGCUCGCAAUACACCUUCUACAGCUACUGUCACUGGUCCUGCCACCAUUUCCAGUGGCCCUAUAACUUCUGCUGCUCAAACAGCAACAACAAUUGGCAGACCACAAGUUACACAAAUCACACCACAGAGACAACCGAGUCCUGUGGUAACCACUUUACCCCAAAUACGUGGUAUUCAAACCAUACAGCCUAUACAACAGCAACAGCAGCAGCAGCAGCAACAAACACCACCCCCACCGCCAGCCCAAAAAUUUGUUAUAGUAUCGCAGGCACAGCAACAGAUAAUACAACAGCCUGUUCAAACGAUACAAUUACAACAAACCCAACAGCAACAACAACAGCAGCAGCAGCAGACACUAUAUCAACGUCCAUCUACACCACAAUCGGUAUUACUAACAAAUGCCCCAUCACUAAAUGGUGCUGGGGGUAGUGUUGUUGGCGGAAUUGGUGGUAAUGGUUCUAACUCAGGCAAUAAUAGCCUUCUAGGUAAUAUAGGCAGUACUGUUGUUAUUGGCAGCAACAGUAGUGGCAGUAGUAUUGUUGCUAAUAGUAUCUUAAAUCGAAGUGAAAGGACAUCUGUUGAUUCGAAUUCUAUUAUUAUUGAGACAGAAGAAGUUCGACCACCACCGGAACUAGAUGAUCUGUCACAUUUGGAAUAGCUAAGGAAGGCAUAAUUAGCUUUAUAAUUUUAUUAACAUUUAAGAACAUUUUUUUUGCAUAGAAUUAAAACUUUGCUGGUAAAAACAAGUAAAGUAUACUUAUAAUCAUAAUAAUAAUAAUAAUAAAUAAAAACUGUUUCAGUUUAUAACAGAUACUUGAUAACUAA